AUGUUGUUGAGUGAGAACGAUUCAUCAUCUCAAACCUCCGAGGCCGAGCCUAGAGCCGCUCCCAAGACUGAUGGAGACGCCGUGGGCUUCGUCACUGGCCACAGCACUUCGGAGGAGCUGGUUUCGUUGCCCACCUCGACCGAGUCAGGUAGGUCCGGGACCGAACAACCGAACAUGAGUCGCCACGAACCGGAACUGAGCGAGCGACAGGAACUGAGCCAGCGACGGGAACUGACCCAGCAACAGGAACUGUGCCAGCAACAGGAACUGUGCCAGCAACAGGAACUGAGCCAACGACCGGAUAUAGCCCGCAUACCUGUGUUAACAGACCAGCAAGGAGCGUCGGAAAGAGCCUCGUCCGAGCUAGCCACGUCGGAAAGAGUGACGUCAGAAAGUGAGCAAAGGACGACGACCUAUGCAGGACAGGAGGUUUGUCUCGGACCAAAGCCCGAGUGCUUCACGAUCGAGUCAGGUCCCUCUGACCACAGUGCAGACGUGCCCGUGAUGAGUCGGGCAAAAUUUAGUCCGCUGCCGGCCGUGGAGCGUAUAGCGACUCAGGAAGGAGAUGCGGGAUGGCGACAUUCCGAUAUUUAUGAGUGUCUGGUUACGGACGAGAGUGCAGAUUUGUUAGGCAAGAGUAAAGAAGAGUUGGAGAAGGUUGUAGAGAAGAUUUACACCAGCCUGGGCGUGAACAAGUUGUCGGUUUUGCUCGCCUUACCGGACACGAUUCGCAUCCGUAAUGGCAUACCGGUGAAGUUGAACAAGUGGUUAGAUUCUCAGACGGAACGUUUGAUGGAUUUGUAUAAUAGUACGACGGAAGAUUACCGCGCUGAGUGUGAGAGUGUAAGCACAGGGGCUCUUGGUCGGAGUGUAAGCUAUUUGUGCGGCUCAGGAGCCGAAUAUUCACUGGAAUCUUUAAUUGCGAUUUGCGCUAUCACCAAAGGCUUACAAGUGUCAGAUGUACAGGAGAUCACCGACUUUGUAGUACGUGAACAUAAAAUAAACUCGGUUCUAUUACUUAAAGAUUUGGAUGAUGAGGAUAUUGAAAUCAUGAUUGAAGAACUCAAGACCAAGUGGUCUAAUAACCAACUUAAUUCAGUGGAGGAAUUUUUACGUCAUAACAUCCGCGAGCUACAGCUGACACCGUCGUUGCUAAAGCUAUCUGACUACGUUAAGAUGCUCAAUAGUCAGCUUGAUGCGAAAGUGCUGGAAGAGGAAUAUCAAUUGACACAUCUAGAACAUGUUUACCGAUUAACUACUCAGGAUCUAAAGGCGAUAAUACUCCAUGAAAAGCUACCGUUCGGCUUAUAUUUGGUUCUCAAGAAGUUCUGCCAAAAUUAUAUUAAACAUAUACCCGUUGAUGAGCCGUCUCAUCAUGGGCAUGAAGCGGACGAUUACAGGUUAGCAGAUAGUUGUAUGACGAAAGAAGUUAUGUGUAAAGAUAUUCUAUCCAAGGACUCCGGUUUCUUAUCUCAAGAUGAUGAUAAAUACUUAGAUUUAAAUUUGUCGUCCGGAGUUAUUGACGACCACAUGAAUGUGAAUGCCUUGGGAAUGUCUGCUGGAGGUGUACCAACGGGAGGCGUAUUGUCCGCUGUUUAUUAUAUUGAGCCUACAGUGGAAGAAUUUUUGAAUAAAGUGGGCAUCAAGUAUUGCCAUCCAUACGGGCAAGUGGAGACAGCCAAGAAGGUUCUGUUGGACGAAAAUUGGAUCGGCAAUCUAGACCAAUUGCGUGUGCUGAGUGAUGCUUGGUUCGAUCAGCUGAGUAUUUCCCCGGCAUUAAUUCGGAAUAUCAUAACGUCUUUGUAUGACCCAGAGAUUUUGGGAAUGGGUCUGGUAUCAUACGCACCGCUGAAAGCUCUCACGAAAGAUCGGAUUAACCGAAUCAUUACCAACCUCACGGCAAGCUUGGAAAAGGCGAGCGUCCAUCCGGCUGAAGAGCGGGGAUUUAGUUUUAGUCUUGCCCCCAUUCGACAACCACCUUCACCGAUGACAGGGGGCCCUUCAGUGAAGACAAAUGUGUUACGGGCGCUAGUACGUUUGUUUCAACACCUACUGUUGACUCCGGAAGAGCCGACCAAGCGAGUUUUACGAAAAGAUAAUCCGAUAUUUGACCAAGUUGUGAAACACGAGGGAGCUAAAGAACUCAUUCUUUGUCUCGGCUACACAGAGUAUGAAACUCUCUAUCUACUACCCGUAUUGCACGUAGAAACUAUCUCUUACGUACACGAACUCUUCGUCAAAGAAAUGACUCCCAACGUCAGAGACCUCUCGACCUCUCGACACGCCAAUCUCACGCGCCAGGGCAGUCUGCCGCCUCCGGCCACUGUCCCUCGCCCCGACCUGACUGGCGACCGACAGACAGACAUCGGCGACCGCAACCGAGCGGCCGCCACCGCCGCUCGCUCCACUGGGACCGCGCAUGAGGAUAACACGCCUAAGCAGCUCCAAGAGCCCACUGGCUCUGGCAUAGCCAGCUGGUUCUCACCGUGGAAAAAGAACUAA